AUGUGACAGAACAGCCCUACUAGGUUAACACGAGCUGACUUGUUCUUCCUACACUGCUGGAAAUGACCAUUAAAAAUCUUCAGAUUGAAUAUGAUGCCAUCAACAACAGGAACACUUUUUCAAAUGGAGAUACCAUAAAUGGACGGAUCAUCCUUGAAGUCUCCAAAGAAACAAAAGUUCAGUCUCUUCUUUUCAUUGGGAAAGGAAAUGCAAGGGUGUGUUGGUCUGAGCAUUACGGACAGCAUACCCAUGUUUACUGGUCUGAUGAGAAGUACUACAGUGUUAAGCAACAUUUGAUAAGAGAAUCAAUACAAGAUGGCACUGAAGUCAUUGGGAAAGGAAGACAUGUUUUUCCUUUCAGCUUUAAGAUACCUGACAGGAAAAUGCCAUCAUCUUUUCACUCAUCUGUGGGUAGAAUUGUUCAUAAAUUAAAGGCGGAGCUACAUCAGUCCAUGAAGGUGACAAAAAAAGCUAAAACACACUUCACAUUUAUUUCCAAAGCCGACAUGGAUACACCAGGACUUAUGGUUUCCCAACAUGAGAGCAAGGAAAAAAGCCUUGCUUUUGGUUCUGGAAAUGUUUCGAUGGAUAUCUUUGCACAAAAGAUGGGAUACAAACUUGGUGAGACUCUGUCGGUCUCCAUCAAAAUCAAUAAUGCCUCAAAUCGCUCAGUCAAACCCAAACUCGAACUGUAUGAGAAGAAGAGCUUCUUCGCUAUGGGCAGAAGAAAUGUUCAAACAAACACUAUACUAAGGCAGAAAGCUGAAGUUGUUGAAGCACAAUCCGGAAAGAAGGCUAUAACAAUGAUGAUCACCAUGCCAACAGAGCUUCCUCCAUCCAUUCUGAACUGUUCCAUCCUUAAACUGGAGUACAGACUGAAAGUGUACCUCAAUAUCAAAUGUGCUUCAGACCCAACGGUUAAACUCCCCAUUGUCAUUUUACCUGAAGAUAACAGCAGGGAGUUGAAUGAUAAACAGCCACUUCCUCCUGUUGGGUUUGGAUUUGAAGCAUUUGGAAACCCAAACCCACAAAGCAGGGGUGCCACAUCACAAGCGAUGAGUCUUCCGCCUCCCUAUGAAGCAUCUGCCAUGUACCCCCCCGUUCCCCACAAAUUCUAAAACUAAA